AUGGAAGAGGAAGAUUACUUUUUUGCUGAAGAAGAAGCGGAAGAAGACGUUUAUGUAGAAAGUGACAAACGAAAGGGCUUAGAACCUUUGAGAAUUGCUGAAAUUCGAACAAUAAUGGAACAAGAAAUUAAAUUUGGACUCAAUAAUCAAACAUAUAGUCAAGAAAAGGCACCUGAAAUUGCAAAAAUAGUUUCUAAUAAUGUUUUAACAAGAAUACAAGACUUUGGAGCACCAAAUUGGAAAUAUUUAACAAAUUCUAUUAUUUUACCAAAAAAUCAAACAGAUAUUGAUUGCUAUAGUGUUAAUUUAUGGGAUGAUGACGAUGACUAUAUAGUUGUUUCACAAACAAACGAUACAAUUCGUUAUACAAUGACUUUAUGGGGUAUUUCAUGCGAGAUUUAA